UACUGUACAUUUUCAAUACAUUUACUAGAAUUGUUAUAUUGAAUAAUGUUUAUUAUUACUAAAUAUUUUAUUUGAAAACGCAGUCCAAGUAUUUACUACAUAAAAAAAUAUAAUAUCGAAAGUAUUCGAAGUGUCUUACAGUUUUCUCGAUUUCUUGUGUUUGGUUAGGUUCAUCAGGGCAUAACAAGUGACAAUGAACGAAGAAGUGUAUUUCAUUGGGGUGGAUGUGGGGUCAGGCAGUUCCAGAGCUGCAUUAGUUCAUGAAUCUGGACGAGUUGUAAAGUCCUCCGUCAAAGAAUUGCAAACUUGGAAACCAAAGGUUGACUACUAUGAACAGUCGUCUAAUGAUGUUUGGAACUGUGUUGUGCAUGUGGUUAAGGAUAUAAUGAAAAAUACAAGUCCUGCCAGUGUUAAAGGAAUCGGCUUUGAUGCGACAUGUUCUCUAGUAGUUUUAGAUAAGAGUGGAAAUCCCACAGCAGUAAGCAAUUCAAAUAAUGAUGAACAGAAUAUUAUAAUGUGGAUGGAUCACCGAGCACAGGCUGAAGCAGAUUUAAUCAACAAAACCAAUCAUGAUAUACUGAAAUAUGUUGGUGGGAAAGUAAGCUUGGAAAUGGAGAUUCCUAAGCUGCUCUGGUUGAAGAAAAAUUUUCCAUCAAAGUGGUCUGAGUUUGGAUAUUUCUUUGAUUUGCCAGAUUUUUUGACUUGGAAAGCCACUGGAUCAUUGAGUCGGUCACUGUGUUCUCUAGUUUGUAAGUGGAAUUAUGAAUGCUCAAUUAACGGAAAUCAGGGUUGGAACUUGAGCUAUCUUAAGGAAAUAGGUCUAGAAGACUUAGCUGAAAAUAAUUUUAAAAAGAUUGGUAAUAAGGUUUUGAUGCCAGGAGAAUAUUGUGGAGGGCUGACUUCUGAGGCGGCUAAGCUGCUUGGUUUGCAAGCAGGGACACCAGUCGCCACUUCUAUUAUUGACGCCCAUGCGGGCGGGUUGGGGAUGAUCGGAACAAAUGGGGAAGAUAUCGACAUGGACAUGUCGACUCGUCUCAGUCUCAUUUGUGGGACGUCUACAUGCCAUAUGGCUGUGAAUAAAAAUCCAAUCAUGGUACAAGGCGUAUGGGGUCCAUACUUUAGUGCAAUGGUACCAAAUAUGUGGCUUAACGAAGCUGGGCAAAGUGCUUCUGGAAUGUUACUGGAUUACGUCAUAUCAAGCCAUCCAGCAGGCAUAGACCUGCUGAAAAAGUGGAGCACAGGAGAAGUUCGUAAUCACCUACGAGAAUUAUUGAUUAAAAUGGCAAUUUCUAAAGGCCUUUCUGAUGUGAGCCUUCUAACUAAAGACUUCCAUAUAUGGCCUGAUUACCAUGGCAACCGCUCGCCGUUGGCUGAUCCGACCAUAAAAGGAAUGCUUGUGGGCUUGACUAUCAAUAGUAGUGAGGAAAAUUUGGCCUUACUUUACCUUGCCACUUUACAAGGCUUAUCGUACGGCACACGACACAUAAUCGAUGCUAUGGUUAUGGCAGGCUACCAGCAGUUUAAAUCGCUACUUAUUUGUGGUGGAAUUACCAAAGAUCCCCUCUUCGUCCAAAUACAGGCUGAUUCAGUAGGCUUACCAAUCCUUAAGCCUCACGAAAAAGAAUCCGUUCUCGUAGGAUCUGCUAUAUUAGGAGCAUGUGCUUCUAAAUACUUUAAAAGCAUCCAAGAUGCAAUACAUAACAUGGGUGGAAAUGCUGAUGUUAUAAAACCCAAUCCAAACAUUAAAUCAUUCCAUGACAAAAAAUAUAGGGUGUUCCUAAGAAUGUUCCAAGACCAGAUGAAGUACAGAACUAUUAUGAAUUAAACAAUAUACUUGUGAUAUUUAAAUAGAAAAUUAAGUCUAAAAGGCCAAUAUGGACUAUAUUAUAAAUCAAAUAAUGUAAAAAUAUAAUAUCUAAUUGGGAAUUUUAUUCAGGGUAUAAUAAAUAUUGAUUUAUAUUAUA